CUUCCCCAGGCAGCCUGUCCUGGAACCGGCCCAGAUGAGUUCCAGUUUCAGUUGCGUUUCUGCUCCCGGCCUCCUCCGGCUCGGCGUAGGGGCGGGGCAGGGCGGAACUCCUCAUAAGCUGGGCUGGUGGCCCCUCAUCCAGCACUGCCCCGUGACUGCUCGAGUGCAACUGGAGAGACAGGAACAAGAUGCUGCAAAAUUUUUCACCAAAAGCCAAAAAACGAUGUGUGGCCACCACGUCCAGCCAUCUCUCACUCAAUGGAGAUGCUAACAAGGGAGAGCAAGCCCAGGCCACGGUGCCCGAGAACAACCUGGGCAGGCAGUACGAGGAGAAGGUGCGGCCCUGCAUCGACCUCAUCGACUCACUGCGGGCCCUGGGCGUGGAGCAGGACCUGGCCCUGCCCGCCAUCGCGGUCAUCGGGGACCAGAGCUCGGGCAAGAGCUCCGUGCUGGAGGCUCUGUCGGGAGUCGCCCUCCCCAGGGGCAGCGGCAUUGUCACCAGGUGCCCUCUGGUGCUGAAGCUGAAGAAGCUGGAGCAAGAAGAGGCGUGGAGAGGCAGGCUCAGCUACCUGAAAGUGGAGGAGGACAUCGCAGACGCUUCCAAGGUGGAAGGGGCCGUCAUCAAAGCCCAGAACUUCAUCGCCGGGGACGGGCUGGGAAUCAAGGACGAGCUCAUUAGCCUGGAGAUCAGCUCCCCCUGCGUCCCGGAUCUGACGCUCAUCGACCUGCCCGGGAUCACCCGGGUGGCUGUGGGCAAUCAGCCGGCCGACAUCGGUGUCCAGAUCAAGCGGCUCAUCAGGAAGUACAUUGAAAAGGCCGAGACCAUCAACUUGGUCGUGGUCCCCAGUAACGUGGACAUCGCCACCACAGAGGCUCUGAGCAUGGCGCAGGAGGUGGACCCCAACGGAGACAGGACCAUAGGGAUUCUGACAAAGCCCGACCUGGUGGACAAGGGCGCCGAGGACAAGGUCGUGGAUGUGGUGCACAACCUCAUGUGCCCUCUGAAGAAGGGCUACAUGGUGGUCAGGUGCCGUGGCCAGCAGGACAUCCAGGAGCAGCUGAGCCUGGCAGAGGCCCUGCAGAGGGAGCGGGCCUUCUUUGAGGACCACCCACACUUCAGGGUGCUGCUGGAGGACAGAAAGGCCACGGUCCCCUGCCUGGCGGAGAGAUUGUCCGCCGAGCUUAUCGCUCACAUCUGUAAAUCUCUGCCACUGCUGGAAAAUAAAAUAAAGGAGCGUCACCAGAAGAUAACAGAGGAGCUGCAGAAGUACGGCAGGGACAUCCCAGAGGAUGAGAAUGAGAAAAUGGUCUUCCUGAUCGAGAAAAUCAAUGCAUUUAAUAAGGAGAUCCAUGCUCUAGUCGAGGGGGAGGAGAACAUCGGCAAGUGUGGGAUCCGGCUGUUUGCUGGACUCCGGCAGAAGUUCGAAAGCUGGAAUUUUUCCAUUGAAAUGCACUUUGCAGAAGGUUAUAAUGAUUUACAACGUCAAGUCCAGCAGUUUGAAAAACAGCAACGUGGCAGAGAGCUGCCUGGGUUUGUGAACUACAGGACAUUUGAGAUGUUCAUGAAAAGCCAGGUCCAGGCCCUGGAGGAGCCGGCAGUGGAGCUGCUGCACACGGUCACUGACAUGGUUCGAGAUGCCUUCACUGCGGCCUCUGAAAAGAACUUCAGUGGGUUUUUUAACCUGCACACGGCCUGCAAGAACAAAAUUGAAGACAUCCGGUGGGACGAGGAAGCAGCGGCGGAGAAGGCGAUCCGACUUCACUUCCGGAUGGAGCAAAUCGUGUACUGCCAGGACCAGGCCUACCGGGGCGCCCUGCAGAAGGUCAGGGAGAAAGCUCCCUCCACGUCCUGCAAGAGUUUGGGCUUUGUCCCACAGGACUCUGCUGUGGCCGACAUCCUCCAGCACCUGAAUGCCUACCGCCAGGAGGUCGGAGGGAGCCUGGGCAGACAGGUGCCCCUCAUCGUCCAGUACCACGUCCUGCGGAUGCUCGGCCAGCGGCUGCAGAGCGCCAUGCUGCAGCUGCUGCAGGACAAGGACCCCUGCGCCUGGCUCCUGAAGGAGCGGCUCAGCAGCGCCGAGAAGAGGAAGAACCUGAAGGCGCGGCUGGAGCGGCUGGGCCAGGCCCGGCGCAGGCUGGCCAAGUUCCCGGGCUGACCUGGCUCCCUGGCCGGGGUUGGGGAGGCUCUCGGCAGACACUCAGCAGGCAGGGGCGAGGUCUCUGCUUUUCACCUUAGCCCUGGGGACCAGGAGGAUGGAUGAGGACUGGGGUUUGACAGAAGAGGGAGUGGCCUCACUUGGAAUCUAGGUUUACACGGCUGCAGAAAGGCAACUAAAAGCUGCUCCUUCUGUCCCCAGCCCAGGCUUACAGCUGCAGCGCUGCCUCCCUCGCUAAUAAAGCUUCUUG